GGACGGCUGUAAAUCCCUGUGCUAGCCGCGGACCGGAAGGCCACACCCAGUGCCGUUGCCCGCCGGCCCCGAGCAGCCAUGGAGUGCAUCAUCCGCCCGGCCCAGAGCGCCGACUGCGACCACCUCAUGGGCAUGAUCCGUACACACCCCAAAAUCUGUCUGUCUAGCCACAGUGUUGGGGCUCCCCCCCCCCGAAUCUCGCUCGUUCCCGGAGUCUCUGACUGUUUGUUCCCCCAGGAGAUUGCCGAAUAUCAUAACCUGCUGGACGAGGUCAAAAUCAACUCCCAGGUGUUGAGCGCUGAUGGGUUUGGAGGGGACCCCUUCUACCAAUGUCUCGUCGCGGAACUGGCCCCGGAACAAGAAGGCAAGCAAGGUCACCUAAUCGGUUAUGCCUUAUUCUUCUUCGGCUACAGUGUGAACACUGGCCGCAUCGUCUACUUGGAGAAUCUAUAUGUGGUCUCUGAGUCCAGAGGCCAGGGGAUCGGGAAGAAGCUGAUGAGUGAAGUGGCCAAGCUGGCGCUGGCCCGCGGCUGCGUCGAGAUGAAGUUCACGGUGGCGGAGUGGAACAUCCGGGCCCUGGCAUGGUACCGGCAGCUCGGGGCCCAAGACAAGACGGAGGCGGGCGGCUGGCACUGCGUGGAGCUGGGUGGCGAGGCCCUGCAGAGGCUGGCAGGGGACAGACGGUGACCCGGGGCCACGGGGAGCCGGGCUGAUGCGGCCACCGGUGCCAGGCAUCCUGCGUCUGCCCCUCCCCAGUCCUCCAUCCGUCCCUCUAUCCCACACAGCCCUCCAUCCAUCUCCCACAGCCCUCCAUCCAUCCAUCCAUCCAUCACCCACAGCCCACCCUUCCUCCAUCCAUCCAUCCAUCUCCCACAGCCCUCCAUCUGUCCCUCUAUCCACACAGCCCUCCAUCCAUCCAUCCAUCCAUCCAUCACCCACAGCCCACCCUUCCUCCAUCCAUCCAUCCAUCCAUCUCUCCCCAGUGCCCUCCUUCCAUCCAUCCCUCCCUCCAUUUCCCACAUCCCUCCAUGCCCCCAUCCAUCCAUCCAUCCCUCCCUCACACCCCGCCCUCCAGCUUCUCCACCCACCCAACCCCCAUGAGUCCAAUCUCUGGCUCCAUACGGGCCCCGCUCCGCACCAGGCCGGUGGGGCCUCACCCAGCAACGAAGCGGCUUGCGAGCGACCCCAAUAAACGGAGGCCAAACUGGGGUUUGGGCGAA